AUGAUUUUAUUAGAUUAUCACAAUGUUGUCAUUGAAGAAACUUUAAGGCAGCCUAUUGUGGGCCUUGAGCCCGCCGUACUGGAUAUGACAGUGGUCGAUUUUGAUGGUGUAUCUUACCAUAUUUCUACACCACAAUCGAAGAAUAUAAUCAAAUUUUCAAUGCUAAUGCAAUGCUUCAAAGGACUUAUCCAAUGGGGAGCACAGGAAAUGUUACAAAAAGAAUAUGGUGCUUAUAUUCUACCAGAGACUGAAAGUGGCUAUGAUUUUAGUCUAGAGUUUGAUUUGCAGAAAUUACCUGAGGAUAAAGAGGAAAGAGAAGCACUUGUAAAAAAUGUAUCUUUAAUCAAACGUAAUCUUUUGGCUCAACCUUUUGAGCGGGCCUUCGAGCAGCAGGCUCAAUAUGAAGCUGAAGAGCAAACCAAUCCCACACCUAUCCUCAUGCAAAUUCACUACAGAGAUCAAGAAACUAUUUAUAUUCAAGCACUAUAUGAUAGAGUUACCGUAAUCUUUUCUACUUUGUUUAAGGAAGAAACAGAUAGAAUAUUUGGAAGAGUGUUUUUGCAGGAAUUUGUUGAUGCUCGUCGUCGACCAGCAAUUCAAAAAGCCCCUCAAGUUCUUUAUUCUAGUAAGGAUCCUCCUCUGGAAAUUAGACAUUUAUCUGAGCUACAAAACGAGGAUGUUGGAUAUGUCACUUUUGGCGAAGUGCGUGAAAAAACGAUUUCCCAAAUUCAGCUGUUUCGUGAUUAUCUUCAUUAUCACAUCAAAUGUUCCAAAGCCUAUAUGCAUUCAAGAAUGCGCGCACGUGUUCAAGCAUUCUUGAAAGUACUAAACAGAGCAAAACCUGAAUCACCUACCCGGCAAGACUCUC